AUGGUCAAGGCUACUUUCCUUUCUGCCAUCCCUGUGCUUAUGCUCGCCGAGCAAGCCCUUGGAUUCGGUUGCUCCACACACAGCUACACUACCUGCGACGACAAUAUCGUCCACUGGUUCGAUCCUGAUGAUGGCAUGAUCUGCGAUCCUCUCGACUGCGGCGGCGGCCGAGCUCCCCCCAAGACCGGAGUUCCCGGAUGCGCAAACUACUCUGGUACUGAGACACGUGGUACUUCGUACUUGUCCUGCUGGAAGCCCUCGACUACUCUCGCUACAGCCUCUGCUGUACCUACCUCUACCGAGGUCCCGACCGCCGAUGCUGAACCUACCAGCACCGCUAUCGAGGUCGAGACGCACACUUCGAUCAAGAGCCACGCUUCUGCUGAAGAGUCUACUGGAAUUGUGGAGGCGACCAUCAUCGAGAACACCACUGUUGCUCCUGUCCUUCCUACUCAGACCCCGACCACCACCGAGACCGAGGCGACCAAGGAGCCCGCAGCCACCCCCAGCGUUAUUCCCAAUGCUGCUCAGGCUGCCAAGGGUUCUUUGAUUGCUGUCGCCGGAGUUGCCAUGGGCGUCUUUCUUCUUCUCUAA